AAUAUUUGAAUAUUAAAGUCGUUCGGUAUAAGCGCUAAAUCACCACAACAUGUCAAUAGUAUUUUUAGUUUUGUCCAUUAUUGUUAUAACGGUAUGGAUUUAUUUUUUAUGGUCUAGGCGCAGAUUCUACAAACUGUAUUUCCAACUAAGAGGACCACUUGGACUGCCAUUUAUAGGUAUAGGAUUGCAAAUGAUGAAACCAGAAGGAUUUCUGCAGUACAUGCAGCAAAAGGGACAGCAAUAUAAAACACCAUUUGUAUCAUGGAUGGGAACCAAAUGUUUUCUUUAUGUUAAUGAUCCGGAAACAAUUGAAACUAUCUUUAACUCUGCCUGCUGUACAAACAAAGGCGACCUUUACCGUUUCAUGGCAACUGCCAUCGGAGAUGGCUUGUUCACUUCCAGCUCACCGCGUUGGAACAAACACAGACGUCUUAUAAAUCCAGCCUUUAGUCGCCAAGUCAUCCAUACAUUUUUGCCCAUAUUUAAUCAAGAAGCCAAUAUUCUUGUAACGAAACUGAUGACGACUCAAUGUCAACCAUUGGAAAUUUAUGAAAUUUUGAAGAGAAGCGUAUUGGAGACUGCCUGUCAGACGACAAUGGGCAAAAAAAUUAAUUUUAAAAACAAUUGUGCAGCUGGAAUUUUUGAAUCUUAUAAUGGAAUAACUGAGGUGUGUGUCAAAAGAAUGUUAUCACCAUGGCUAUAUUCGGACAAAGUAUAUCGAUAUUCAUCGCUAUUUAAGCGUCAGCGACAAUACAUCAAUGUUCUGUAUGAAUUCGUCGAAAAUCUUUUAGAAGUGAAACAAAAUUGUUAUACGUCACCAUCAACAUUAACGACAGCAAAUGCGGUUAAAAAAAUGCCCACCGAAAGGAAAAUGCGCCGUAAUGAAAACAAGGUAAAAUCGAAUCUUCAAUACUUUUACGAAUGUGAUAAAGAGAAAGGAGUUAAAGAUGAAGAAAUUGGAAGAAUAAAUAAAUUAAAAUCACGAGUUUUUGUUAAUCAAGUUAAACAAAAUAUUGAAGAAGGUCAACUAACAUGGCAAGACGUUAGAGAUGAAGCCAAUGUAAUCGUGGCCGCUACAUUUGAGACUACAUCAACUGCGUUGUAUUUAGUUUGCUUGUGCUUGGCAAUGCAUCCAGAAUAUCAAGAAAAAUUAUACAAUGAACUUGUUGAAAUUUUUCCCACUAACAAUAGAAAAACAACCCACAACUCAGAAAAAAAAGGUUUACAAGUAUCGCCAAAUCAAUUGCGCAAUGGUGGAAAUAAUGAUCUAAUACUCACCGAAAUCACAUUAGAACAUCUCGAGCGUAUGACAUAUGCGGAAAUGGUAAUUAAUGAAGCCAUGCGUCUUUUUGCACCGGUGCCUAUGGUAUUGCGACAAGCUUCCUGUGAUUUUCAAUUAUGUAAUGGCACUAUUAUACCCGAAGGAACACAAAUUGGUAUCGAUAUUUUCAACAUGCAACGUAGUGAACAAGUUUGGGGUACUCACGCCACAACCUUCAAUCCAGACAAACAUUUUGCCACAACCCAUAAACCACAUCCAUUCGCGUUUAUACCAUUCACAAAGGGGUUACGUAUGUGCAUUGGUUACCGCUAUGCUUUAAUAUUGAUGAAAAUAAUGUUGGCAAAAAUAUUUCGCAAUUUUCUCAUACACACAGAUGCAAAAAUGUCCGAUUUAAUUAUAAAGGGGACAAUAUCACUGAAAUUGUGCCAAUAUCCACUAUGUAUGCUCCAAAAAAGGACAUCUUAUAAUGAUGACAAAAUUAAUUAAAACAAUAACGCUUAUAUAAUCAAAAAAGUGUCAUUAAAAAUCAA